UCUUUUUACGCAUGCGCACUUAAGUAAACAUUGAUGUUGCUAAGGUCGAAACUGUUAAAAUUGGUUAAUCUUUAUUGGUCUUUCUACCUUUAUUAACUGUUUAUUGAACUCAUUAGCAUAGCUUCAACAUGGCUGAUGCUGACAAAGACAUUCCGACACAGGAAGAAACUGUAAGUGACCAAAAGGAAAUUGAACAAACACCAAAUGAAAAUGCUACAAACGGUGGUGACAAGCCUCAAGAUGCAGAUGAAGAACAGAAAGAUAAGUCACUAGAGAAAGUAGGUACGUCAGAGGAACAGAAAGAAGAUGCUCAGGAAUCAUCUGAAUCUAAAGACGAGAAAACUAAUGAAUCUGUGCCCCAAACUGAUGCUCAACCAGAACAGAGUGAGACAACUGAACAGGUGCAAGACACCGAGGAAAAUAAACAACAAGAAGAAUCACAACCAACAACAGAGGAACAAGAACCACAGGAAACAACUACAGAAUCUCAACCACAAGAAGAAACAACUGACACUGCUGCACCAACUGAAUCACAAACAUUAGGAAAUCAAACCCAAAGCACAAGACCUUCAUCUGCAAGUAAAAAAGUACCUUCACCACCUCCCCCAACAGAAACUGGUAAAACUGCCAGUAUUGCAGAUACAAAAACUAUUGACACUGUUGUUAUACCAGAAGCACCAAAAAUUCCUUCUCCAGACAGGCCACAGUCAGAACUAGAAGAAAAAAUUGCCACAACUGCUUUGAAUAUUGUAUGGUCCUUUGGAUUAAACAGAAAUAUCCAAGUGUUGAAUUUGACAGAUGAUAAUCGUAAACUGAUAAUGUAUGCCUGUGCACAUGUUGGUGUACUGUUUGAUUUUGAGAAUAACAGACAGCAUAUAUUACAAGGACAUUCAAACCCAUUGACCUGUACAUGUGUUAGUGAAGAUAAAAGAUGGUUAGUUACAGGAGACAAAGGAGUGGACAGUAUGGUCAUUAUCUGGGACACAUAUACCGGAAUUCCAGUACAAACAAUAUUUAACAAUGAUCAAGAAGGUGGAGUUGUAGCUAUGGCGAUGACCCCUGAUGCUCGUUACCUUGCAACAUUGAGUUCAGGUCCGACUCAGGUUUUAUCAAUAUGGAAUUGGACUGUGGAUGGGGAAUCCCCUAUGUGUACAGCUGAGUUGAAUCCUAAAUUUGGAUUACAGAACUUUAUAUUAUUUAAUCCUGAUGAUAUACACUAUCUGGUCACUAACAGUGAAUCACAAGUCAUAUUUUAUCAUUGGAAUGAUGGCCACAUGGAAUACUAUGCUCCACCUCUGACUGACCAGGACUUCAACAAACAGGUUGGCAGAUACAGUCAGUCUAUCUUCCAGAGAAACAGCUCUCGAGUGUUGACAGCUACACAUAUAGGAAACCUGGUAGUCUGGGACAACAAUAAACCACUCACUAAGUUGGUGAGCUCAGAACCAUCUGCAGACAAAAAAGCAUUAAAGAUAAUUAAGUUACAGGACAGGGGAAUCAAUGUACUGACAACCACUGAUAAGUUUAUAGUGCUGGGUGAUAUGGCUGGACAUGUCAAAUUCUUUGAUCAAAGUCUCAAGUUGGUUCAUUGGUAUCAGGAUUUCCACCUUGGACCAGCCACUGCAAUCUCAUUUGCUCAUUAUCCAGAUUUCCAAGCAGUAGCCAAAGAUGGCACUAACUACCCCCCAGAUGCUACAAUAGAAGCCAGGAAGUUUGUCAUCAGAGAUUUUGUUGUAGGCAGUAGUAUAGCUGUCUUUGGCAAUGUCACUGCAGAUGGAACUAAAGUAGAUUUAAUCCACAGAGAACACGAUGCUGCCAUUCAUGCUUUGUCUGCUCAUCCUACAAAACCAUAUUUGAUAAUUGGUAGUUAUGCUGGAUUGAUAAAGAUAUGGGACUAUGAAAAGAAACAAGUGGUAGUAACCAGACAGUUUGAGAGAGGAUGUUUAAUUAGAUGUUGUGCAUUUGAUCCUAAAGGACAAUAUAUAGCUAUUGGUUUUGUGAAUGGUCAGCUGAGAGUAGUAGAUUCUAUCACAUUAGAAGAUGAGUUAUCCGAACCAUUCCGUUACGCCAGAUAUGCCAUCACACAUUUAGCUUUCUCCCAUGAUUCUCAGUACUUAGCUACUGCUAGCCAAGCUACUAAAGAUGGAGAAUACACUGUAUCAGUAUAUAAGAGACAGAGAGGAGUAGAGGUAGAUCCUUAUAUCUACCUGGGAAGAUACAGAGCUCACUAUAAAGAAAUCAAAGAUCUAAUGUUUGGUAUACACUUAGAUAAUAAUCAACCAAGAUUGAUGUCAUUGGGCAUGGAUAGAGUUUUAGUUGAAUAUGACCUUGAGAACAGUAGUAAAGAUGACCUUAAAAUAACCAGUUCUGACAGGAUUGAACAGAGUGCUGUACCUCAAUGUAUGACCUGGUAUCCACCAAUCACUAAAGAGCACUUUGUCCUCACAGCUAAUGAUCAGUAUAAAUUUAAGUUAUAUAAUGCCACAACAAAAAUGUGUAGGAAGACUUUACUUGGACCAACAUAUGGUACUCCAGUUAAAAGAAUGGAAGUAGUACCAACGGCUGACCCAGUUAAAGACAAACGUUACCUAGCCUAUGUGACAACAGAUAAAGUAGGGUUAAGUAUGCUGCCACUGGAUGGUAACCCACACAAUGCCAUGGCCCUGAUCACACAUCCUGGGGGAGUAGAGAACAUGGUGUGUAGCUACGAUGGAAAAUACUUGUUUACAGCAGGGGGAGCUGAUGCUACUGUACACAUGUGGGAAAUCAAUGUCAAUGUUUUGGAAGCACAAUCUAGACUUGGUGGAGAAGAUUUAAUACCAUUCUAUGGUUUACUGGAAGGAGGAAGAGAUGGAGAACUCUUCAGAGAAUUGGAAGAUUAUUUUUAUUAUGCACAAAUCAGAAGUCAAGGUGUGAAUGCAAUGGAUAAAAGAGAAGUUUCAGUAAAGAUUCCUCUGUCAGAAGUACCAUUUGUUAUGAGGGCAAUGGGAUUCUACCCAUCUGAACAAGAGAUUGAGGACAUGUUAAACGAAGUAAAGUUCAGUAGAUAUGUAGAAACAGGCCAGUACAUAGAAGAUAUUGAUUUGGGAGAUUUUAUCAAAUUGUAUAUUAACCAUCGUCCAGCAUUUGGUUUAGACCCAGGUAAACUUCUGACAGCCUUUGAGACUUUAGGUAUUCAGACUUCACAAGGAAAUGCCAUAGAAAGAGGUGAUCUCUUGGAUAUGUUACAAACUAAAGGAGAACACAUGACAGAGUAUGAAUUAGCGGAGUAUCUGACCACGUUACUAGGAUUUAAUGCUGAGGGAGGGAGUAGUGAGUUACAGGAAUUUGAAGUCAACACUGCCGGAGAUAUUAUUGAUCAGAACCUCCCACAUCAUAUCACAGGGGAAAUGUUUGCCAAUGAAGUGCUAGGAUUUUCUAUGUACAAUCGGGAACUUAUGUCUGCAGGAUCAGAAACAUAGAGAAUAUUUCUAUUGUUACAUUAAAAACUGAAAACUAUUGAUGAGGAAUAAAAUUGAACUAAAAUCAUGCAAUGUUGAAAAUCUUGUUGAAGUUUUCCUAUCUUGUUGUAUGAAGGAAUGACAGAAGAGAGGAUAAAUAUUGUUUUCUGUAUUAAACAUGUCUGUGAUAUUUGAUUAUUUUAUUGUACAAAGACAUUGCAUUUGUAUAUUGUACAGUUCUUAUAUGUUUUGUUAUAUGAAUAUGAAUAAAAUGACAAAAUUUUGAGAUGUUU